UUCCUGUAGUGAAGCAAUAUAAUGAGGCUGAGGCGCUAAAGCUUCCAGAUGAAGGUGCGUUUGAGUAGGGGCUUUCUUCUAUUGAUGUUUCUUCAUGGUUUCUGCCUUGGUACAUGCGGUGUGGUUCGUUGGUUGUCAUCGUGAACAUGACGUUCAGAUGAGAUUGUUGUGGUUUGGGUGUUGUCAUUGUGAACUUGUGAUUUAGAUGAGUUCUUGGCUCUUCACGAAGAAGUCUUCUACGUUACUUACUCUCUUGCUUAGUUCAUCGCAAGGCUUCCGGCUAGUCAUCUUCUUUUUAAGUUUUUACUCUUGUAUUUUAGAGUGUUUAGUUCUGAGUUCUUUUAAGGAGUGUUAGGAUUUGUUCUAUGUUUAUUUGUUGGUAUGUAGCCCGUGUACGUUUUGGGUUCUUGGUCCUCCUGGUAGGCAGAGCCAGCCCUAGACGGAAGCCAAACAAGCUGGUGCUUCCGGCCGUAAAAGAUUAAGUAUUUUAGCGGUUAUUUUUUGACAGAAAUUCUUAGUAGUUGUAGUGGUCUGGAUAUAUCAUUCAAAGGCUACAGUUCACAAUUCUUAGUAGUUGUAGUGGUCUGGAUAUAUCAAUUCCCUCUGAAAAAGUUUUCAAAAAAAAAUUAAUUAUAAGCCACAUUUUUUAUGUUUGCUUGUAGCCAAAUAAUUAUUAGGAUCGGCUCUUCUGGUAGGAUUAGUUUUCAGGAAAGUGUAUGUGUUCUGCCGCUUUAGUGCGUCAACUUUGUAUCCUUCCAUCUUCCAUUGAUAUCAAUGAAAAUUAGAUGGAAAGAAAAAAAAGAGUUCAACGUUAUGGCACGCUAUUUCGUGAAAGCGCGAAUGAGACCGACGUUUUACUAAACGACGUCAAAAUCAUGAUAUCACGUUUUAUCUGUUUCAUUGGAUCGUAGUAACCACGCUCCCAUUUAAGCGCGUAGAUUCACGACAUAAACAAGAAGACCGUGUAAUUACCACGUGGCUGGCAUAUGUCGCAAGCUUGCCGAUUUAGGACAGGAUCAAAAUUCUCCAGUUGGUUGUCCAAUCUGAAAAUAUUUAUACUUCAUAUCGGUUCCUAAGCUUUUUUGUUUUUACUAGGCUUUACCCAGUUCUUUCCACAAAAUUAUAAUCCCAUUAACUUAACACAAGACUACUGAAUUAUUGUUUCAAAAAAAAAAACUUAACACAAGACUUACAUUCAAAUUCAUCAGAUGACUACAACAUACUACUAUUAGCAUUUUGACUUAAAAUAAGUACAUGAUAAUUUAUUAGUCAACUAUAAAAUCGUUAUCUUAUUUAGGCAAUUGAGUUAUUGUUUAAUCUAUUUAAUCUAACUUUAUCUAUAGUAUAAACAUAAAUAUAGAUAUGUAACCAUUCAGAGGAUAAAUAUAUCACAUUUGGUUAAAUAGUUCCAAAAUUAAAUAUUUAUAUAUAGAAAUAGUUAUAUCUUACAAAAAAUAGUUAUAUAUGAAUAAAUUAAAUAUCUCUAAAUACAGACAGACAGACACAUAUAUAUAUAUAUAUAUAUAUAUACAUAUAUUGGUUCAAAUAGUAUACAAUAUAUUUUAUGGUUAUUAAAAAUAUAAAACAAUUUUUAUAGAAAUAUUUCCAUGAACAAUGUUUGUGAAAAAUCAAACAUUGAAUCAUAAACAUUGAAAUUUAGCAAGUCUUUUGUUGAUUAAUAAUUUUUGAAUAGUAAGACCCUCAAAAUUAUAGACAUUUUUUCGAUUCCAUUCCCAAUUUCCCAUUACAUCGUUGAAACUAGAAGGCAAUUGUGUAACAAAAAAACUUAGAGGAUGUUUAAGUAAAUUUAGGAUAAACGGAAUGAGACAUUUUUCAACUUUAAAGAGAGUCUACGAAUAGACGCCGGCCGGACUUUAGCACAAACCAAGAGACAUCCUUCAAUAUUUUUAUCUUUCUCCGUGUAGUUUCAGCGUUAUGUAUUUGGCAAAAACGGCACGACGUCUCUUUUUUUCUCUUCCAAAUUUGUGUGCUGUUAAACAUAACCGAUCUCUCUGUUUCUAUACUCUGUUUUUUUCCUAUUUCUCUCUCUCUCUCUCUCUCAUUCUGCUGCUUUUUCCCUUAUCUAUUUCUGUUUCUGUUUCAUCUUUAGUUUUGUGUCAGAGAAAGCAGAAGAGAAAGCUAAAUACUUGCUUGGAUUUGCGCAAUGCUUUUCCUUGGAUAAAACUCGGAGGAAUAGUAUUCCUUCAUGACUAUCCAAACAUGCUCCAAUUAUUUUUCUGGGUUCUUGUCUUUAUUUGGCAUCAUUCUUUAACCUGAUCGCAAUGUUGCUUCUUGAAAAAGGGUUGACUUUGUUUUUGGUCAACGAAAGCUAAAAGAUUCUAAAGGUGAAAGAAAUUUAAAGGGUUUGGUGUUCAAAAAAAAAAAGAAGUUUUUUUGAGGGUUUUAUAUAGUUGAGAUGGCGACUUUAUCAGAUAUUGGAGUAGCGGCUGCAAUAAACAUUCUAAGUGCUUUGAUAUUCCUUUUGCUAUUUGCAAUCUUGAGGAUCCAACCAAUCAACGAUAGGGUUUAUUUCCCUAAAUGGUACUUAAAAGGUCUUAGGAGCAGCCCGGUUACUUCGGGUGCUUUUGUAACCAAAAUUGCGAAUUUUGAUUUCGGAUCUUACCUACGGUUCUUAAACUGGAUCCCCGCGGCGCUAAAGAUGCCAGAAGCUGAACUUAUUGAUCAUGCUGGUUUGGAUUCUGCUGUCUACUUGAGGAUUUACUUGAUUGGACUUAAGAUCUUUGUUCCGAUCGCAUUACUUUCAUGGUCAGUUCUGGUACCUGUCAACUGGACUAGUGAUGGACUGCAGCUAGCACAACUACGUAAUGUAACAUCGAGCGAUAUCGAUAAGCUUUCGAUAUCAAAUGUCGAAUAUGGAUCAGACAGGUUUUGGGCGCAUCUUGUGAUGGAAUACACAUUCACAUUCUGGACUUGUUAUGUUCUUAUGAAUGAAUAUGAGAAAAUAGCUUCAAUGCGGUUAGCAUUUCUCCAAUCCGAAAAGCGACGUGCUGAUCAAUUCACCGUUCUUGUUAGGAACGUACCACCAGACUCACACGAGUCAAUUAGCGAAAAUGUGGAGCAUUUCUUUAUGGUUAACCACCCGGAUCAUUAUCUUACAAAUCAGGUGGUUUACAAUGCAAAUGAAUUGGCUGGCUUAGUAGAAGAGAAGAAGAAAAUGCAAAACUGGUUUGAUUACUACCAACUGAAGUAUACAAGAAACAAGGAACACAGGCCAAGAGUAAAGUUGGGGUUUCUUGGUCUAUGGGGAAAGAAAGUAGAUGCAAUGGAUCAUUACACAGCUGAGAUCGAGAAGCUAAGCGAGCAAAUAAUGGCAGAAAGGAAGAGAGUAAAGAAAGACGAAAAUGGUGUAAUUCCAGCAGCUUUUGUCUCUUUUAAAACACGUUGGGGCGCUGCGGUUUGCGCACAGACCCAACAGACAAAGAAUCCAACCGAGUGGUUAACUGAAUGGGCUCCCGAGGCAAGAGAAGUGUAUUGGCCAAACCUUGCCACGCCUUACGUGUCUCUCACGGUGAGGAGAUUUGUAAUGCACGUUGCCUUCUUCGUCCUCACUUUCUUCUUCAUCAUCCCAAUCGCAUUUGUGCAAUCCCUUGCGAGUAUAGAAGGUAUCCAAAAAUCUGCUCCGUUCCUCGAUACCAUCAUAGAAAAGAAGUUUAUUAAAUCGGUGAUCCAAGGGUUUCUUCCCGGUAUUGUCUUGAAGCUCUUUUUGAUAUUUCUGCCGAUGAUCUUGAUGAUCAUGUCGAAAUUCGAAGGGUUUGUUUCAAUAUCAUCAUUAGAGAGAAGAGCCGCUUUCAGAUAUUAUCUAUUCAACCUUGUGAAUGUUUUCCUCGGUAGCAUAAUCACCGGAUCUGCAUUUGAACAGCUAGAUUCUUUCCUUAAACAAUCCGCUGAUCAGAUUCCACGGACGGUUGGGGUAGCCAUUCCAAUAAAGGCAACGUUCUUUAUAACAUAUAUAAUGGUUGAUGGUUGGGCGGGUGUGGCUGGAGAGAUUCUUAGGUUGAAACCGUUUGUCAUUUUCCAUUUGAAGAACUUCUUCUUGGUGAAAACUGAAAAAGAUAGAGAAGAAGCAAUGGAUCCGGGACAGAUUGAUUUUUAUGCAACGGAGCCUCGGAUUCAACUCUACUUCCUCCUUGGCCUUGUCUAUGCUCCGGUCACACCUGUUCUACUUCCAUUCAUCAUCUUCUUCUUUGGUUUUGCUUACAUCAUCUUCCGUCAUCAGAUCAUAAAUGUGUAUAAUCAAGAGUAUGAGAGCGCGGCUGCGUACUGGCCGGACGUUCAUGGACGUAUAAUAUCAGCAUUGAUCAUCUCUCAAAUCCUUUUGAUUGGAUUAAUGAGCACAAAAGGAAAAGCUCAGUCCACGCCUUUUCUUGUCAUUCUACCCAUUCUCACCAUCGGUUUUCACCGGUUCUGCAAAGGCCGGUAUGAAUCUGCAUUCGUCGUUAACCCUUUGCAGGAAGCUAUGAUUAAGGAUACACUGGAACGUGCAAGAGAGCCCAACUUGAAUCUUAAAGGGUUUCUUCAAAACGCAUAUAUUCAUCCAGUUUUUAAAGACGAAGAAUGCGAAGAUGACGAGUAUGAGGAACUUAUCGAGGAUUCGGAUGACGAAAAUUGUGUAGUUGUACCUACCAAGCGUCAGUCUCGAAGAACCACCGCUACCAGCAGCAAUCCGAACGGUGGUUCGUCACAACCCCUGUCUUGUAAUCAACCUGACACUAGUAAAGUAAAACCGGAGCCUUGAUGUUCAAUGAGUAAAUCACUAUAACGUUUUGGUUGUAUAUUCAGUAUUAAAAGAAACAAUAUAUAUCAUUUUGUUUGGAUUUUUGUGGACGGUUUUGUAUAUUUCUAUGCUUGUCAUUGUGUUGUA